GCGCAGCAGCCGGCCCGGCCCAGCCCUUCCCCAGCGCAGCGCAGCCCCGGGGGGCCAGGCCAGGCCGGGCGAGGCGAGGCGAGGAGCGGGAUGAGCCGCGGGGAGCAGCAGCAGCAGGAGCGGCGGGUGGCCGUGCGGGGCCCGGGGCCGUGGGGCUUCCGCCUGGUGGGCGGCCGGGACUUCGAGCAGCCCCUCACCGUCUCCAGGGUGAGCAGCCCCUGCGCGCGUGCAGACGGCCCGGCGCCUCCCCUCCCUGCCCGCCCGAGCCACCUGCGCCCACGGGGCCCCCACCCCCCACCUGAGGCCUCGGAGGCGCUGGGAGAAGGGGCGGGGUCCUGCUGCCAACCUGUGUCUGGCCGCGGGGAGCCGGGUUCGAGUCCAGCCAGGAGCGCCUCAGAGGCGAACCGGAUGCCGGGGGAGGGUAAAUUUUUGUUUUAUUUGGGGUUUCCGUUGAAUGUGUUGGACAUGCAGCCCCCCUUUGGCUUGUCUCCCACUCCUCUUUGGGACAUUCCAACUUCUGCAAACGCUGGCGAGGCCACUGUGCUGCGGAUGUCCCAGAGCGAGUUACAGUUGUCUAACCGGGAGGUGACUGUAGCAUGGAUCACUGUGGCCAGAACUGAAUCAAAAAUCUGGUCUCCUUUGGUUACUGAAGAAGGGAAAACCAAUCCGUACAAGAUGAACUUGGCUUCCCAGCAACAGGAAAUAAGACACAUAGGAAGCGCACAUAACCGGAGUGCCAUGCCUUUCACGGCCGCCACUGCUUCCAGCGCUGCACCCAAAGUCAUCACAUCUCAGUACAACAGCCCAGCAGGUCUGUACUCCUCCGAAAACAUACAAACCUUCAACCAUGCAGUGGAGGCGAAGUCAUCCUCGAGCGCCCAGGAGCCUGCCGAGAACUAUGUACUAAUGACAUGUAUUCCUUCAUUAAUUUCUUCCUUCCUUCCUUUAUUCCUCCAACUCCCCUACAAACCAAUGCCGACCCACCCACCCACUUUUCACAUGCUUCUGCUGAGCAGUCUGCUGUCCCCACCGGGUGGAUUCAAGGCCCCCUUUGCGACUGUCUAUAACCCUCUUCAGCCUUCUGCUUCUUCCUCCUCCUCCUCCCCCUUGCAAAGAAGGCACAGCACCUCAUCCAUCCCAAACCCAGCUAAAGUGAGCUUAGAGCAGCUGAAGGAAGUGGCUCAGAUCUGCCCAGACAGCCCUGUGGAGUUGGAUGUCCCUGGAUUCAAAGUGCGACACGUACAGUUUAACUCUCCUUUACAGCUCUAUUCGCAGGAAAACAUCCUGGACUCUUUGCAGGGGCAGAUCUCUUCCAUUAGUCCCACUCUCCCCAGUUUGGACCAAUUUCCCCAGUCUUCUGGUAAUUUAGUAAUUGAUAAAGACUCUGAGGUUUACAAGAUGCUGCAGGAAAAUCAAGAGUCCAGUGAGGCUCCCCGCCAGUCGGCCUCGUUCCUGGUUUUACAAGAAAUCUUAGAAACUGGAGAACAAGGAGAUUCUGAGAAGCCUUCAGGAUUUAGAAGUGUCAAAGCGCCAACAACCAAAGUAGCGGCAUCCAUUGGAAACGCUCAGAAGCUGCCCAUUUGUGAUAAGUGCGGAUCCGGCAUUGUAGGUAUGUUUGUGAAGCUCCGGGACAAACAUCGCCACCCUGAAUGCUACGUGUGCCAUGACUGUGGAGCCAACCUCAAGCAAAAAGGGCAUUUCUUUGUGGAGGAGUGCAUCUACUGUGAGAAGCAUGCCCGGGAACGGGUCACUCCACCUGAGGGCUACGACGUGGUCACUGUGUUUCCACAGUGAAGUGGGUGAUUCACCACUGCCGUGCCCCAGAGCACCACUGUCUGUCUUCCACCUCUAAAUUCAAGUUGCAGAAACACUCAGCAAGGCUUCUGCCGUGGACCUUUUUGGUGGCUGCUACCAGAACACUGUGACACAGUAAACUACUGCAUUUUUAUAAUCUAACUGAAUGUCUCCUUUUUUAUGAUGCCACGGUCUCACUGCUUCUGUGUACAUUGCCAAAUACCAACAGUCCACGGAGCCAAACCGCAACACCUUGCUUCCCUUUCUCAUUCAAUAAAGGGGUUGACUCAAA